GAAUCGAUUUGGCUGCUCGUUCCCAUCGAUUUUGCACCCCGCUGUCGCACGCCCUGGUCCACCGCCUCGCCUGUGUGACCGCUGCGCACUGCCAGUGACUCAGCUGCGUCCUGCCUGCCAGCGCGCGGCUGUGCUCGAGCCGUUCCCAUCGAGUUCUACUGAGAGCACCGGCAGUCAAAUCAAAUUCACCAGCCGCGCGCGCGCUAUCAAGAGUCGCCGCAAAUCUAGACGACCAUGGAUGGACCCUGGGACAUCGACCCGGACGAGGAGGAAGCGAUGAUCGCCGAGCAGGCCGAGCACGACCAGGCGGCCGCCGACGCCGCCGCCGCCGAGUACGAAGCCCAAGACUCCAAGAAGCGCCCCGCGCCCAAGACCUUCACGCGAUCCGACGAUGAAACGCCGGUCGAAGGUGUGGAAGAGGCGACGAGCAAGUGCUUCCGCUGCGGCGGCAUCGGCCACUGGGCGAGGGACUGCCCCAAGAAGGCCAAGACCGCGCCGGCUGUCGACGCGGCGCCGGCCGAGGCGCCCAUGUGCCCCGACAAUCCGCACAAGAAGUGCGGCCGCAUGAACCAGUUGACGUCGCACUCGGAGCGCAACCCGAACCGCGACUAUUAUAAAUGUCCGGUCUGCUCCUGCUUCAAGUGGGUCGACGAGUGGUCGGGCAAGUCGUCCGCCGAGGAGUGGGGGCGGGACGACGAGGUCAAAAAGCCCCUGUCGGACGCGAACUGCUUCAAGUGCGGCGCCGCUGGUCACUGGGCGCGCGUACAACUCCCGUGUCUCUUGAUCCUUCGCGGCGAUGGCGUGGCGGGGGCGUCAGAUCUCAACAACACGCCAUCGACGCGACGUGUUCCGCGCAGGACUGCCCCACCAACAACAAGCCCGAAGCGGACAAGCCCGAGGAGGAGGAAUUUCCUCAGCGGGAUUGCGAGAAGGGCUGCGGCCCGCUGAGCAUCCGCACGGCGCGCUCGGAGCAGAACUCGGGCCGCAAGUACUACAAGUCGGCGCGCGGCGUCCUUCUUCACCUUCGACUCGCAAGCGUCGCGGCGAUGGCGUCUCGUACGCCGUCGACGCGACUCGACGCGACUCGAUUCGCGCAGGUGCGACUCGUGCGACUUCUUCAAGUGGUGCAACCAGAUGCCGGCCCAGGGCGGCGGCACGGCUUCCGCGCGGCCGGCUGGCACGUCCAAGGCCGGCUCCGGCGGCGGCAAAGACACGUGCUUCAUCUGCGGGCAAGAGGGCCACUGGUCGAGAGACUGCCCCAACAAGGGCAAGGGCAAGCGCGGCUCCUACGGGGGCGGUUCCAGUGGAUACGGCGGCGGCGCGCGCAAGACGUCGGGCGGCGGCGGCGGCGGCGGCAACUGCUUCAAGUGCGGCCAGAGCGGCCACUGGUCGAGGGACUGCCCGAACGGGAACAGCGGUGGCGGGUACCGCUCGCGCUACUAGAUGCGGCCCCCCGAACGGGGCCGUAGUAUACUAAAACAUCUCGUGUUAACACAUAAUAGCGAC